AUGGUGGGGCUCUACAAAUUGAAGGCAGUCACCCUCCUCAGAUUGGGUUACCCGCAAUCUUCUUCUUCCAGCGUCGCUGCUUCCACAUUUAAACGAUUUGUUGUUGGAGAUGUAAAACCCUCACAUUUUCCUCUUCAAAAUCUGCUACUCUGCAGACAUUUCACCUCAGAAAUCUCAGAAACCCACCACGAUUUCACAGUCAAUUACCUCAUAAACUCAUGUGGGCUGUCCCCAGAAGGUGCGAUUUUAUCAUCUAAGUGGGUCAAGUUGCGAUCCCCCAAAACAGCAGACUCCGUUUUGUCCUUUCUCAGAAACCAUGGAUUCUCUGAGACCCAGAUCUCCAAGAUGGUCAGGUCACGCCCAAAACUUCUUAAGUCCAGUCCGGAGAAAACCCUUUUGCCAAAGCUCGAGUUUUUUGCUUCUAUUGGAGUUUCAAAGGAGCACCUUGCAAAAACUCUGACAUUUGAACCGAUUCUUUUGUCUUUGAGCCUGGAGAACCGGAUUGCACCCACUUAUGAUUUCCUUAGGAGUCUGCUUUCUCAGAAAAAUGUCGUUUCCGUUUUAAGGCGCGGCUCCUGGAUUUUCGCAGAAGGCCACUCCAAGAAUGUUGCGCCAAAUAUUGAGGUUCUGAAACAAUUAGGUAUGCCCCAAUCCAGCAUUUCUCUGUUGCUUCUUUAUCAUCCCAACACAUUUACAUUGAAACCUAAAGAGCUUAGUGAACUUGUGGACGAGGUUAAGCAAAUGGGUUUUGAUCUGCAAAACACCACUUCGGUGAAGGCAAUAUACGCAUUGGGUGGUAGCAAUAGGUCUGUAUGGAAUCGAUGUCGCGAAGUUUAUAAGAGGUGGGGUUGGUCUGAGGAUGAUGUUCUCUCUGCUUUCAAGAGGCAGCCGCUGUGUAUGAUUAUCUCAGAGAAGAAAUUAAUGCGAACACUGGAGUUUUUAGUGAAAGAGAUGGGGUGGUCUUCAAAAACGAUUGUGAAAACCCCACUGGUCCUCAAUUUCAGUUUCGAGAAGAGAUUGGUUCCAAGAUGUUCAGUUGUUAAAGUUUUGUUGCUGAAAGGACUGAUAAACGGGAUUGAAAACGUGGGUUUGCGUUCUUUGUUGAAGCCUGUGGAGAAGUGCUUCUUGGAGAGGUUUGUGGCCAGAUACAUAGAUGAAGUACCUCAGUUAUUGAGUGUGUAUCAAGGAAGAGUUGCAGUCCAGGAUGUAUGA